GAAUCGUGUCAUUUGAGACACAGAGAAGAGGGAAAAGAUGGUAUCCCUGAAACUGCAGAAGCGGCUAGCAUCGAGCGUGCUCAAGUGCGGAAGAGGGAAGGUUUGGCUUGAUCCUAAUGAAGUCAAUGAAAUCUCCAUGGCCAAUUCUCGCCAAAACAUUAGGAAGUUGGUCAAGGAUGGGUUUAUUAUCAGGAAGCCAACCAAGAUUCACUCCCGUUCACGUGCUCGUAGGAUGAAGGAGGCCAAGAGGAAGGGUCGCCACUCUGGAUAUGGUAAGCGCAAGGGAACUAGGGAGGCAAGGCUUCCCACCAAAAUACUUUGGAUGAGGAGGAUGCGUGUGCUCAGACGAUUGCUUCGUAAGUACAGGGAAUCAAAGAAAAUUGACAAACACAUGUACCAUGAUAUGUACAUGAAGGUGAAGGGUAACGUUUUCAAGAACAAGAGAGUCUUGAUGGAGAGCAUUCACAAGUCCAAGGCUGAGAAGGCAAGAGAGAAGACUUUGUCUGAUCAGUUUGAGGCGAAGCGGGCAAAGAACAAGGCAAGCAGGGAAAGGAAAUUUGCUCGUAGGGAGGAGCGUUUGGCCCAUGGUCCUGGUGAGAAACCAUCGACAGCACCCAGUGCUCCACCUGCUACAGCACCCCAGGCUUCCCAAGCACCAAAGAAAUCCAAGAAGUGAGGUAGCAUAACCAAGAAUCUUUAAAUGGCGCUUACAUAAUCAUUUUGUCUGCUAAAGUAGUUCGACGAAUCUCAUUUUUGUUGGUUUGGACUUUCUAUGUUUUAUAAGAACUUUAUUUUUUGCAUA